AUGGAUGUGGAAUCGAUCAAAAACGGGGGUCCCGCGGGAGGAGGAGGUGGAGGUGGUCUGACAGAUGUGGCGCACAGAGAGGCAGAUGGGGCGCACAGAAUACGGGAAGCCAUUGCAAGAACCGCAGUCGCGCGGCUGUCUGGGAGGCUUGCCGGAUACUACAGCUAUGUUGCUUAUUUUUAUCUUUUACAGCACCUUGUAAUUGUAUGUUCUAGGUCAUCUAGUACUUACUUGCAUCUUGGAGUGGUCUAUCAUAACCUUUCUACUAGUUUUUUCAAGAAAAAGUAGAACAAGUUCUUUAGAAGAUUUAGAUUUUUUAGUUCUACUUUUCAUCGACGUUGUCCCUUGUUCUUCAUGUUGGAUCUCUGCAAGAUGAGUUGGGGCCUGUGAUAACGGAGCAGAGCUACCGACAAGCAGUGACAAUGGCACGUCGCGUCGUCAAGCUGCGUCGGGGGUCGGAUCGGGGAUCGGACGAUGAUGUACUUGACGCGAUUCGAGAUAUGCGAGGCCUAGACGAACCCGAUACAAGUCCACAGCUCAGUCUACGUUAUGAAGAAUAGAUCCAGAACAAGAUGAAGAUGAUCAUGAAGUACUUAGUAGAUGAGAUAUAAAGUCUCGCUCUCGGGUUGCUGGAGGUUCAGAUGCAAGUCAGAGCAACAACUUGUAUUUGUUAUGAGCAUACUGGCACGUGGGACGACCUAGUACUAUGUUAAUGUUAAUCUUUAUUGCAUAUCUAAUAAUUAUGCACCAUCAACACGACCUUGUUUAAUUACCUUUUCAGAGCGAUUGAAGCUGAUGUAGCACCACUUUCUAAUCCCUUGACUUGAAAGCGCUUCUCUACAGGGAUAUUUUCUCGCGACUGCAAAACGAGCAGGCAACGCAUGGCUCAGGCCUGACGGAGCUUGUCUUCGCAGCAAACGAGAAGAUUGGCGCGAAUAUUGCGUUUCUGUACGCACCAGCUAACUGCAUCGAUUCUAGAGAUGGAGCGGCCUUCAAUAGAGCAGAAGAACCGCCACAUGGCUCUUCGCCGUUAUCUUCGCCUCGUAUACAAUUGAAAUUUUUUUCCAUUACCUAGAGUAGACCUCUUGCAGUUCAAGUUGUCUCUUUGUCAACAUGUUGUUCCGACCGCGGCUUCAUGAUCCGGAUAAAUUGCUCAGUAUCAAAAAUCCAUCAUCUCGUUGUAUUCGAAAGCUGAAAAUAACCGAGUCACUGACUGAAAUGAGGGAGGUAGCUUAGCAUCAAGGCCAUGGCCACUCUCUCUUGUUCAGUAUCUCGCUUAUUUUAAGUUUAAGUAGUUACUCGUCGCUUAUUUCUUCGGUUUAUCAAAUAUUCGUUUUUAUUCUUUCCAAAAACAACAAUACACGCAACCACGACGUCAGCUGCACAGGUACAACGCUUUCGUACACCUGGGUAGUAGUCGACAACUGUUUUUCUGCAGGAUCUAAGGACAAGGACGGCUAUGCAGCUAAAGAAGAUCUUUUUGGUUCACCAACUACUUCACGACCUAGUAGAACAAGUAGUAGUCCUUCUAAAAACGGAUCUGAAGGACCACAACAAGUACAAGUUGUUUCAACACCAGGAGCAGAAAGGCAAGUUGUAAGCACCUCCAAAGAGGCUGCAGCGGCGUAUGAAAGAAAAAAGUGCACUCACACUCAAAAAAAGUGGCUAUUUUCCCACUUAAAUCCUAGCCAAUUUCUUCUUGAGUGUGAGUGCACUUUUUCGCUUCAUGCGGCGCCUUAUACGAUUACAGCACUUUGCAUCUGCUACGUGCUUCACGUUGCUUCGCUACAUCGCCUUCUGUACCAUUGCGUCUUGCCAGCUUUGGAACUCUACUGCCCUUUCGAUCUAACGGACAUUUUUAGCGGUGCAGGACUCGAAGAGGCCGCGAGUACUGGCUUUGCAUCUGUACGACCCCAGGUAGAGGCCGCGAGUACUGGCUCCUUUGCAUCUGUACGACCCCAACAGGUAGAAGGAAGAUCACAACAAGCAGGAGCUGAGCGAGGAGCUGCGCAAACAACUGAUCGCGACCCACCACCUUGUUCUGGUAAAAAUAUGAUCCCGACGUCGCACCCGUUGGCGUGGGUACUGCGAGAUGUACCCGCAUUACGACUACUCUGCGAAGAACUCAUCGCCUCAGAAAUUAUGGCAGGUCCUCCAGUUUGUAGAGUGUGGAUUACUCAGAUGAAGAAAACUUCUUAAGUAAGUACAGAAAUCUUUAAUAAAGCCCUGGUACGUAGACUGCGUAGUCGUGGUCGUGGUUAUCUUGAAGAUUCUUGAUGAAGACGCAGCUCAUACUAUACUAUUAAACUCUAAAACUUCUGUAAGCCGAAUUUUGUUGAACGGGGCAGAGCAGCGCACCGCACUCGCAGGGGAACCACUAUGGAGUCCAACGGACACGCAUUUUUGCCUCGUACUACAAGGUAGUGUGCGGUUAUUCGUGGAUGACGUAAUCCCGUUGAAGACUAUCGAUACCCGACUCCUAACUAUGGGAUUUUGCAAGCUACUGAGGACAAUUUUUCCUGGUACUUUUGAUUUUUAUGGAUAUUGUCAUAAAAAUGAAUUUUUUUAGCUCUACUUACUUGCAACAACUGCAAGUAGUGCAACUGCGCACAAUGAUGUAAGGAGAUGGACUAGUACCUUUUUAUCGACUUUCUUCACUUUCUUUUCUUCUUCAACAUGAUCAUUAGAUCAGGUAGCAUGUGUCUUGAUCCUUCUCCAGCAUUUGUCUUGAUCAUUAUUGGACCAACCGACUUUGUGUUAUAAUCUUUUCUGCACAGAAAACAAGGCUUUUACUGGUGCAAUGGAUGCUGCUUCGACCACGGGAUCGACUGAAGCUGAUGAAAGUGAGUGGAACCCUUCAACAAACGAUGCCUCCCUCGUACCUGCUCCGCACCCAAGGUACCGCAUCUUUUCAUUGCCGAUUGCAACUCCUGAGUACAUUUGUACACCAGUUAUUCUAAAAGUAAAAACUAGGCACGGCUAGCCACUGCCACGCUAAAAAUCAAACUAUUACAACAGCCUGUCCACCGGUGAUGACAAAUCAAACUAUUACAACAGCCUGUCCAGUUGCGAAGGUUCGGGCUCUUCCUCUAGUGAAUAUCACCAGCUGCAGCCGAAGGUGACGACCGCGAAGGGCAGUAGCCGAGGGGGGCUCUAUGCUGCAGCCGCGGAAAAGGAUAUUGCGCUCAAAGCAGUCGCUGCGGAAAACUGCCUUUGUCUUUUCUUCUCCCGGGAAACCAUCCUCCUAGUCGCAGCUUUGAGCAGCAGCCGUGGAUCAGGCUCACCUGCUGGACCUGGAGGUGGAGCUGCAGCAAAUGCAAGUAGAGCAAGUGCUGUCCGAAGACAGACCUCGACAAAAUAUCAGAUAGCAGCAAACCACAAGAUAGCAGUCACACCUCGUGGUAGGUUUUUAGACGGCUCUUUGCAGUUGCAUAGUCCAUCAUCGAUCAUGCAUAUGCAGCCAGGCCGCGAUGGAGAAAUUGAAAACCACGACGAGCUGCACACUCAACAGACAACGAAAGAUCAUGAUAUUAACAUCUUCAGAAGUAGAAGUGGGUACAACAAUCAGCAUGAUAAUCAUGACUUCCUCCCUUCCUUGAGCAACAAGAACAACAUUACUUAAGGCUUACCUUAAUUCAUCUUAUUAAGCUUAAGUAAGAGGCAUCUCUCACGUCCUUGCAAGGGGAAAAGUUGUAAGUUAAAGAUGCGCUUCAAGUUCAAGAUGAAUAUAAGUUGUAAGGUCAUCUAAAUCACGGUAAAGUCUUCCUCGUUCCAGUCGCCGAAGAAGAAAACUCCGAAGAAAUACUUAGACGCGAGACGAGAGAUUAUGCCGUCACUGAGGACACCAGAAGGGCUGUUGCCACGCGUGGCUAGCGACCUCGCAUUGUGGAAUGGUGAGGAGCAACUCUAUUCGCCCUUACCUAGGUUGCGAGAAACACCUAAGUGAGCGUGCUAGAUCCGGUUGUCCUAUGAUAUUUGAGCAAAUAUCAACACCUUGAUGAUAUUGUAGAAGAUGUUCUUCAUUAGAUUCAGUUUGAAGAUGAUGAUAGAAGUAGAACACAGUUUAUUAACAUCAACGAAUCGCAAUUAUAUGGUUAUGCAAUAUUUCCAACAAGCACGACACCGUAGGCUGAUGACGACAAGUACGUCGUCGAGGGCACUGUAAUCAGAGUCUCAUGCACAAUGCAAAGGAAGUAAGUGUUUUUUUUUCAUCAAGUACAUCAACAACAAGUAGUAACUGGACGUGGUAUAUAUUUGUUCCUUAUUUGGUGAACCGGUAUCCCAUACCGAAUAUACCUGUGCACACAACCAGAGAGCUGAGCACUCGCCGGAGGCGUUGCGCAGGGCUUCGGCCUGCCUUCGAAGGCGAGACCUAAGGGGCUGACAGGACGACGAUAGCGCCGGGGCUUGCUGAGUUUUAGCAGAUAGGCGCUUACUUGAUGAUAACAAUAACUACCCUUUUCGCUUUUCUAUCUUCCUCUGGUUUUUCUUUUUUCUCGUUAGGUCUGCUCCACGCCAACAGUUUAUUCCUUUGAUGUGUGAAUUCCUGCUCAAUUAUCCAACUCUCAUCGCCUCGCGUUGAAGAAACUAGGCUUGUGAAUUGCACUAGAGAAAUUUGUAAUUUUCGCCUGUCGAGUAUCUGUAGAUAGAAUCACGACAUAGUUGAAAUUGGUGGUGAAAACUGUGAAGUGGUGGUGAGUCACGAGAUUGUUGAAAUUGUUGAAGCUGCUUUGGGUGAAGAAAGUGUGGACAUUAUAUUAAAAAAUGAUAGAUAAUGAUGAAGAAUUUUUCUGAAAGAUCAAUAACAAAAACAAUUUCAAAAUCAAGAGCAACAAGAUGCGAAUAGUUGAGUCAGUAGACCUGUUGAUGAUGUUUGGAAGAAAAUGACAGGCCCUCACAGCAGGACACUCCCCAAAAUGCCAAUCUGGCCACGUCACUGCAAGCGUUGCAGCUGACGUUCCGUUGACCCUGUUGGGUGACACGGGGUUUUUGUUAGGUCAUUGAAAACAGAAAAUUACGUCUCCUGAUGGCCCG